AAAGACUCGUGCGCUCAUUUCCUCCUCCUUUCCGGUACCGUCCGGUUCCCGUUCACCUCCUCCGCCACAUUUCCAUUCCCGACAAGUGGAUUCACUAACCCCUUGUAUUCUCACCUGUCGAUUUUUGCUACAAAGCUGCAUUUGCGAAUUGCGGGGAACUCUCUACUAGCUCACAAGGAAGGUGAUCGUACCACCACGGUCUCUCCUACUCUUUUCACUAUAUAUAUAAGCUCCACUCUGUUCUUCCGCAAUCUCCGAAAUCAGAACCGAAAUGGCUGUAAUCCGAGAGCGAAGGUUCCCUAAGGCAAAUCUCACCCUCGAUCUCCCCCGCCAGGAUUCAACCUCCGGCUCCGAUUGCCGACAGUGCUUCAGCCUCCCCCCAUUUCCCUUUCCACAGCCGGCUGCAUUUCCGACUGCCGCCGUUCACUCCGGCGGCGAUCACCGCCUCUCCGAUUUCGAAAAGAUCAAAGUACUCGGCCACGGUAAUGGCGGAACCGUCUACCAAGUUCGUCACCGCCGCACCGGAUCAGUGUACGCUCUCAAGGCGCUCACAGCCGAUGACUCCCUCCGGCAACAACAGAUCGCGUGCGAGGUUCAAAUACUCCGCAGCACCGAUUCACUUUUCGUAAUCCACUGCCACGGCGUCGUCUCCGCUCCCUCCGGCGACACUUCAGUCCUCCUCGAGUUCAUGAAUGCCGGAUCGCUUGAAUCCCUCCUAGCCUCCCGCGGCAUUCCCUUCCCUGAAUCGGCUAUUUCUGGAAUCGCCCGACAGGUCCUCCGCGGUCUUUCGUACCUCCAUUCUCACGAAAUCGUUCACCGCGACAUCAAGCCCGGCAACCUUCUCGUCAACACCGCCGGCGAGAUUAAGAUCGCCGACUUCGGUGUGAGCAAAAUCAUGAGGCGGUCGCUCGACCCCUGUUUCUCCUACGUCGGCACCUGCGCUUAUAUGAGUCCGGAAAGGUUCGAUCCCGAUUCAAAUUCAUACGGCGGCAACCACGGCGCCUACGCGGCCGAUGUGUGGAGUCUAGGGUUAACUCUGCUCGAGCUCCAUCUAGGUCAUUUUCCUCUGUUGCCGCCCGGCCAGCGACCGGAUUGGGCAACACUGAUGUGUGCGAUUUGCUUCGGCGAACCGCCGGAGCUGCCGGAGUUUGCUUCCAGCAAUUUCAGAGACUUCAUCGGUCGAUGCUUGCAGAAGGAUUCGAGCAAGCGGUGGUCCGUUGCUCAGCUUCUUGUGCAUCCCUUCAUCGAUGGGCUGGACGAGGGAGAGUUUAAUCGGACCUUUCGGGAGAUCAUUUCGCCGGCAACUGUGGCGGUGGAGUCAUGAGUCGCCGCCGGCGAAGAGAGACGGCUGGAUUGUGAAUUUGUACAUAAUCGGCUUCUCGCUCAA